AUGUGGUUAGAGAGGCGGAGGAAAAAGUUCGCCUCGCCCGACAAAGGUUGGCAACGGCGCAAUCGAGACACAAAAACUAUGCCGAUCAACGACGAAAGGAUAUUGAGAGUGGCAUACAAGUUGGCUCUAUUACCGAGGCUUGCGGGAGUACAUGACGUGUUCCACGUGUCCACACUCCGCAAGUAUAUUCACGACCCGGAUCACAUCCUCUCGUAUGUACCGACUGAACUUCAAGAGGACAUGACUUAUGAGGAGUUCCCGGCAUACAUCGUAGACCGAGAAGUAAGAAAACUCCGAAGCCGGGAGAUCCCGUAUGUUAAAAUUCAUUGGAGCGAACACAGCGACCGGGAAGAGACUUGGGAGCUCGAGGACGCGAUGAAGGAGCGUUACCCUCACCUCUUCGAGGAGCUGGCGUGA